AUGAACAAUCCCGAUAACAAGGAUUUUCGCGACCAGCUGGGCAAGUUCCGUUUGGAGUCAACCUCCAUGACUGGGCCAACCCCGGCCUGGUCGCACGCGCCCGACUCUUCCACCUCAACCCCGGAUCUUUCCCAUGCCAAUUCUCACUCUGCCGCCGCCCGCAGCAAACGAGUCUCCACCGCCUGUGACUUUUGUCGCAAACGAAAGAAAAAGUGCGAUUUUCGUUAUCCGAAUUGCUCCGCUUGUACACGCGCCGGCGUUCGUUGUACCAUCCCCCCGCCGGGUCCGCAAGUCGCCAGUGCCUCCGUCCCCCGCGAUCAGCUCGAAAACCUACAAAAGAGAGUCCAAUGGCUGGAGGAAGUGGUCCAUCGCAAGUCUGGCAUCUCGGUCGCCGACCUUGUCACAGGAACCCCCGUCGAUGGCGAAGGUGACCCAGAUUGGUGGUAUCAAGUGCCCGCCAUGAUUGCGACCGGUGGGAAUCGUCCGCGCACAUCCUCCAUGUCCAGUCCGAAUGGUAGUCGAGGUUCGUCCGUGACCACCGUCCCCGCCGGCUCUGAAACAUCGACCGGCGUCGGCGCAGAAUUACCCAAUGUGGGUGAGAUCUUUCGUGACCAGCUUGAGCAUCGUCGUCCAUCCGUCGCCCGACCGGCCUCGGCACCGCGAGUGCUGCGCCUGUCUUCGCUGGAGGAAGCAGAACGACUAGCCGAUCAGUACUUCGAGAGCAUGGGUUAUCAGUACCCGUUUAUGUCCCGCCCCGAGUUCAUGGCCCAGCUGCGACACAUCUAUACCGGAGGGGUGCCGUCGCCCGAGGUGCACAACGCAUACCAUGUCAUUAUCGCCAUUUCGCUAUUGAUCGGAUCGGCAGAUGCCACAAGAGCCGCAGAAUUCUAUAAUGCCAGUCAAGAGACAUUGCCAUUGGCCCUGCAGAAUGAAGAUCUACCCGCAGUUCGGGCGUUGCUAGGUAUUGCGCUCUACACCAUGUUUGCGACCUCCGGUCCAAGUAUCUGGCAUGUCUUGGGCGCCACCAUGCGCCUCUCCAUUAGUAUGGGUCUGCAUAAGGAUCGGGCCCACUCUAGUAUGGUAGAGGAGGAAAUGGCCAAACGGGCGUUCUGGAGCUUGUACAAUCUGGAUCGUCUCAUCGCCAGCACUCUGGGCCGACCGCUGGGGAUUGCCGAUGAAGAUAUCAGUGUGAGCCUUCCCAGGGAACUCAAUGAUGAUGGGAUGGAGGCCCCAGGAACAAGCGCCAUGACAAUACCGGUCCAGGUGAUACGUCUCCGCCGGAUUUUCUCGCGCAUUUAUCGAUACCUUUACAGCAACUUAUCACGACCAUCGCCCCAGGAAGUGGCGACUACGUUAGGUCAAUUUCGCCGAGAGGUCGACGACUGGCGCAUGUCCGCCCCAGUCUACCCUUCUGCUUUACUCUACUCUACUUCGUAUUAUGACUAUCUGUAUUAUACCACACUUCUCUUGAUGUAUCGCCCGAGUGCUCGCAACCCGACACCCGAUCUAACCAGCAUUGUCAGCUGCGGCGAUUCCAGCAUCCAGGUCAUUCGAUCUUAUUGGGACAGUUACUCGGUGGGGAAGCUGAAGUGGAUCUGGCUCACACUGAGCCAGGUCUACUUUGCCGGGAUCACGAUCCUUUGGUGUCUCGAACAGAACGCGCGCUCGCUCCGCGAAUCUCAACCCGCGCCUUGGCAUCCGGACGAGCAAAUGAUGCGUCGCGGGAUCCAAGCGGUGGUGGUUCUACUGGAGGAGUUCGGAAAACGGCGAGCGGGCGUGGACCGACUGGCGGAGACCUUCCGACACCAGAGCACGAUGAUUUUUAGUCAGAUGGCCUAUCAGCAACAACAGCAACAGCAACAGCAGUUGGAACAGCAGCUAGAGCAAAAGCCACUGCCGCCACAACCCCCACCACAGGCAUACCCACCGGUUUUGAUGAACCAAGCGGCAGCCCCAUUAGCACCGCCCCCAGGGCCAUCAGUGCCUUUGGCCCCCGUUCUGGACGAUGUCUUGCUGGUUGACGGCAGCGGAGGCAUGCCCAUGAUCGAUCCGCAGAUGGCGGAUCAACUGUAUUAUUCGUACAACUGGUUCCAGGAGGAAAUGGCGAGUUACUAUACCCUUUGA